UAGAAUAUUUCUUAAAAAAAAAUUAAAAAAAGAUGUUGAAAAUUUUACAAAUAUUGGGCCUAAUCAUUGAAUCCGUUUCGAUCGAAAAAAUGGUUCGAUUCGAUCGAAAAAAUUUACGUCGGAAUCAUUGAAACCGUAUCGAAAAUAAAAUUUACGAUCACAUUGAACUCACUUACCGACUCGAGAAAAUACAUUCCGCGGCUAAUAGAUGUCGCUAAUUACGAAAUCAUUGAAUCCGCAAAAUCGAAAAUUUAGGUCGGAAUCUAUCCGUUGGUGAAUGAGUUGCGGAAAUGUAAAAUAAAUAAAAAAUUUGGAAGUUUUUAUGUAAAUAAUUACUGAUGACGGUCUAAAUUAUGUUUUAAACGGAUAUUUUAGAGCCAAGAGACAAAAACAGACUAAAAAAAUAAAUUAAAGAUGUUUGAAAGCGAUAUAAAGUUGCCCCCUCGAACUAGCGAUGGAAUUUUUGAAAGAGCCUCAGGCGAAUUAAAAAUUUUUUGGAAGAAAUUUCACAAUAGUUAAAGGUCAGAUUUAAUUUUUUUUGAACAAAGCAAAAAUGUUUAUUUUAAGCAUAGACACUUUAUCAAAUUUGUCGCAUUUGUCGCUUAAGGUCGAUUAAACAGUUUACGUUCUCACUUUGUGGUAAAGCAGUUUAUCGGCGGAAUCAAUGAUUGCAUGAACAUUUUCGAUCGAAAAUCUUUAUCGUAUCGAAAUCGAAUUCGCUGCGGAUUCAAUGAUUAGGCGCAUUAAUAAAUAAUUCUGACAAUAAUGGCGAAAAUUAAAAAAAAAAUUAAAAAUCUCAAACAGUGAUUUUGAAAUAUUUUAUUUUUUUUAUUUUAAAAUAUUUUUUUUAACUUUGAAAUAUUUUAUUUUAAAUUUUCAACUAUUUUUUUUAAUGUUAAACUAUUUUUUUUUUAAUUUUGAAUAUUUUCCAGAAAAGAGUUACCACAUGUCGCAAAAACGAAAUCUAAAUUGUAUACCAUACCUAAAACAGUAUUCAAGGGUUCUAAAAUUCAUAUUUUUUCAAAAUACCACUUUUGCAUUUAUACCAGUUAUCUUCACUGCUAUUCACUAAAGAAUAUUGAAACAGGGUGUUUUUCAUAUAAUUAUACAGUUCUGUUGCGCUUACGAUAGUUGUUCGUUCUAUUUUCUAACUUUCAGUGAAGUGAAAGCGAUGGUUGCUUUUACUAUAUUAUACCAGAUUUGUGGUAUUAUACUAUUUAUUGCUCGAUUCUUAAUUUUUCAGGGGUUUCUGAAGCGAAUACGACUUUUAAUUCAUUAUACCACUUUAGACCAGUUGUUACAUUUAUACCUUUUGUUCGAUUCGUCACUUUUAACAUUGUUUUUUGUAUUUAUACUAGUAGCUCUCUGUUAUGGUAAAUAAAUGAAAGUUAUUUAAUUAUAUUAUUUAUUAUCAUUAUUUAUUAUUUAUUUAUUGUAUCACCAUCUUAGGUUUGUUGAAAUUAAGAUAGCUUUUAUUUGAUUAUACCAUGUUUGUGAAUUUAUACCAAUUGAUUGUGUGAUUCUUAACCUACCGGGCGAUUAUGGCUUUUGUUUUGUUAUACCACUUAUAUACAGUUGAACUGCCAUAACUCGAACUCAAAUAUCAUACAAAUUACCUUCCAUAACUCGAAAGUCUCUCUAACUAUUAUGAUUGGAUUACGGUGACUCUAGUUAGGGAAGUUCAACUGUAUAUAUUAUACCAGUCCAUUAAUUUUUUAAAACUUACUGUCCGAUUCGUCACUCUAGUAGGCAUGUUAAACCGGAUAUUACUUUCAUUUGAAUAUAUGCCUUUUAUUUUAUAAUACCAGUUAUAUAUUUUAUACCAGUUAGAGUUCGAUUUGUUACUCUAAAAACAUUGUUGUAACGAAUACUUAUUAUAUUUGAUGAUACCACACUGUUGCCAUUUAUACCAAUUGUUGAUUUUUCAAAUUUUCGAACACACUAACCUAGAAAAAUUACGAAACUUAUAAAACCGAAACCAUAUAGCACCCUUUGGUUUCUCAAUUGUAAUAAAAUUACAUUUUUCAAAUAACUCCCAAUAUUGCAACGCCUGAAAAUGGCUGAAAAGACUGAAAUAAAUGAUUACGAUCCAUAUGAGCACCGUGAAGUACAGCAUCCGAUUAGCGAUUUCGGCGCUUUUGUGAACAUCAUCAAAGCCAUAGUGGGCACGGGCAUACUGGCGGCACCUAUGGCCUUCCGCAACGCCGGCUAUCUACCCGGCGUCAUAUGCACCAACAUUAUAGGCAUCAUCAUUAUACAUUCGAAAUUCAUUUUGUUAGCCGGCAUGUAUGAGCUGGCCAAGCGCAAACAGGUGCCGCUGCUAACCUACAGUCAAGCGAUGCUGAUCGGCGUGACGGAGGGUCCACCGGCGUUGCGUUGGCUGCAACAUUUUCUCGGCGCCAUUGUCAAUGUACUGCUGUUCGCCAAUCACUUCGGCUCUUGUUGUGUUUAUGUGGUGUUCAUUGCGAAUUGUCUGAAAGAUUUCGGCGACUAUUAUUGGGUAGAGCACGAUAAUCGCAUUUAUAUGGCAAUGGAAAUUGUGCCGUUAUGCAUGAUUUUUCUCAUACCGAACUUGAAGGCGCUCACACCGUUUGCGCUUUUCGCGAAUGUCACUUUGAUAUUUGGCUUCGGUAUCUUAUUCUACUAUAUCUUCACGGAUAUGCGUCCGUUCUCGGAGCUGUCUAUGGUGCAGGACAUUUAUUUGUUUCCCUUCUUCUUUGGCGCCACCAUGUUCGCAUUCGACUCGCCUGGGCUGAUUGUCUCCGUGGAGGCGAAUAUGAAAAAUCCUGCACAUUUUCGGCACAUUUGUGGCGUUUUUGUGUUAGCCAUGCUGAUAAUUAUUAUAUUUCAAAUAGUCUUCGGCCUCUGCGGCUAUUGGAGUUAUGCUGAAGAUAUCGCCUCGACUGUGCUACAAAAUAUACCCUAUGAUGCGGUACCCGCCGCAACGGCGCGCGUCAUUUUUGCAUUUGCACUCUUCAUCUCGCAUCCACUGCAGGGCUAUGUGCCCGUGGAUGUUGUCUGGAACAAUUGGUUGAAAGCGAAAGUGGCCGAGGAGCAUCAAUUUGUGCUGGAGAUGCUAUUUCGCAUUUUUAUCGCCAUUUCAUCGGUACUAGUCGGUAUUUCCUGCCCAUCAUUGACCAUAAUACUCUCUCUGGUGGGCGCUAUGUGCAUGCCAUUUCUGGGCUUAAUAUUACCGGCUAUUUUGGAUAUUUGCGUGAAAUACGACACCGGCUAUGGUCCAAUUAAGAUUUAUCUAAUUUUCAGUAUGCUGCUGGCGUUUCUAGGCUUGGUCGGUGGCAUUGUUGGUACAUAUAUACCCAUACAGGAGUGGGUCUUUACAUAUACCCUUGAAAAUCACACGAUGAAGGCUUUAUAUUAUACUCAUCCUUCUCUUUCUUUUAAAAAUUCAAUUAUCAACAGUCGCACCUUACAAGCCUGUCAAACGCAUAGCUGUAAAUUAUUAUUAAUAUUUCAUUUCAAUGUAAUGGCUGAGUCUAAGGAUGACUACAAUCCAUAUGAGCAUCGUGAAGUUGCGCAUCCAAUAUCUAAUAUUGGCGCGCUGACUAAUAUCAUCAAGGCUAUAAUUGGCACCGGUAUUUUGGUGGCACCGAUGGCUUUUCACAAUGCUGGCUGGUUGAAUGCGUUGAUUAGUACGACUGUAAUUGGUGUUAUUGUCUUGUAUUCGAAGCAAAUGUUGAUGUAUGGCAUGUACGAAAUAGCAAAGAGACGUCAUGUACCACUCUAUACAUAUGCCGAAGGUGUGGUAGAAGCGAUAAUCGAAGGUCCACCUUGUUUGCGUGGACUGCAGGGUACAAUGCGCUGCAUGGUGAACUCUUUACUGUUCAUAUAUCAUUUCGGUUCCUGUUGUGUUUAUGUGGUCUUCAUAGCAAAUUGUCUUAAGGAUCUCGGCGAUCAUUACUGGGCCGUCUGGGAUAGUCGUUUGUAUAUGUGUUGUGAAAUUUUACCGUUAUGUCUUAUCUACUCUGUGCCGAACUUGAAGUCAUUGGUGCCUUUUGCGAUGGCUGCGAACUUUUCGCUAAUAUUUGGUUUCGGCAUAAUCUUCUACUACAUGUUCAGUAAUUUACAACCAUUUGAGGAUUUGAAACCUUUCCAAGACUUUCGUCUAUAUCCGUUAUUCAUUGGUGCCACAUUAUUUGCCUUUGAGGCGCCUGGUUUGGUCGUUUCGAUUGAGGCAAAUAUGAAAGAACCACAAUCCUACGUCGGCAUAACCGGUGUGCUGAGUCAAGGCAUAUACUUUGUUAUACUGCUGCAGCUAGUCUUCGGUUUACUAGGUUAUUGGCGCUAUGGCGAUGAUAUCAAAUCGGCAAUAUUGCAGAGCCUGCCUUAUGAUGAGAUACUCGGUAAUGCGGCGCGCGUCAUUUUCGCCUUUUCCAUGUAUAUCUCACAUCCACUGCAAGGCUAUGUGCCCAUUGAUGUAAUGUGGAAUAAUUGGUUGAAGGCGAAAGUGCCCGAGAGCAAGGCGUUCAUGUUGGAGUUGGUCUUUCGUGUUUGCUUGGCGAUUUUGUCUGUUGGUUUUGCCGUUGCUUGGCCGAACCUAACCUUAAUUCUUUCAUUUGUCGGCGCUUUUUGUCUCUCCUUUCUGGGUCUUAUAUUUCCAGCCAUCAUUGAUAUUUCGGUUCGAUAUGAAAAGGGUUAUGGACCUCUGAAAAUUCAUCUAUUACUUAGUUUUGUCGUGAUAUUAUUUGGUAUUGUUGGUGGUGUAACCGGUUCUUAUGUACCAAUCGAACAAAUGGUGAAGCUGUAUAUCAGUGGUACGAAUUUGACCGGUUAGAAAAAUAUAUUUGAGUUGAAGAAAUAAAAUGUUCUUUUAUUGUACUCAUCUACAUAUUCUCAUGACUAGUGGUUGUCUCUGGCCAGAAUAGUUGUUUUCGGUUCCUAAUUAUCAAGAGCUAUCGUACAAAAGUUUCCAAAUUGAAAGUUUUGCAGUUCAGCUCUUUAAUUCUAUGGCAGAAUCGCAUUUAGAGAAGACAAAUGCCUCAAAGCCCACAUCCUGUUAUGGAUUUGAUACGCGCUUAUGUUUUUCGAUGCAUCAAUUUAAGCUUUUAAAAGCUUUCUCGGGUGAGAGCUUAGCAAUGGUUAUGAAAGCUUUAUAUUUUAAGCUCCAUCUUUCAAUGGCAGGCAAAUCAGUGUUCAGCGAAGACAAUUACAUAAAAGCUCAUAUUCUUCAAUAUACUCUUAACAUCCUUUGAAGCUUCUAAAAGCUUUUGUGCAUAACAUUUCUGCGCUUAAUAUUGUCACCCCUUUAAUUGAUGUAAUUGAAAUUGUCUGUAUUUUGCAUAGAAAGUAAUAGUGAAGAAUGAACUUUACAUCAGGAAAGUAACUUUUCGAAAACCACAUGACAUAAUUUGAUAUAAUCUAAGCGUUUUGUGUAAUUUACAGUAUUUCAAACAUUCUUAGCAUAAUUGUGAGGAAUUUGAGCGAAAAGUGUUGAUAUUAUCUAAAAAAUCCAGUCUAUCUACCAAUUAAAUACAUAGAUUCGACUAUCGUGGGAAAGGUCGAUAGGCUGAGCUUUGAGAUCACUUAACGUAUUUUACGACUUGUCUAAUGCCGGAAGUUUUUCGGACAUAACGUAGGCUCAGCAUAUUCAUUCUGGGAUACAGGUUAAAUCACUAGGACAGAGUAUAAGGAACCCACAAGGGAAGUCUAAGGUCUUUCUGGAGCCAUUAACCUUAUUCUUGGUUUGUUGGUAGCUAUAGCUAGUCUUGCUUGAAUUAAAGCGACGGACAUGCGUUUUCGAAGCACUGUAGUCAAUCAAAUCGAAGCGGAAGUGCCUUUUAAUUUGCAACACGCCAACCAUACCAAAGUUCUCCCCCAAAAUAAAGACUAACAUGAGGGCAAUAGUUGCCCACUAACCCCUCGAGCAAAUUUUUUUACGUGAACAUUAACUGCUUUUGUAUUUACUUCUGUUUUAUUUUUCGCAUUGCGACUUUGUUGUUUUGAUACUUUCUUUUGAUUUUUUUAUUUCGAUGUGUUAAUUUGUGUUUGUUAAAUUGUUGCGAAUGGAGAAAUCAUUGAUGUUUGACUGAUUACUGACGCGAACACUGAGGGCAAGCCCUGUGGGGAAAGUUAGGUAGACUUUCUGGUUAGAUUAAAGGUGAUAUUUUCUGGAUUACUGGUAUUCUUAUAUUUAAUAAUCCUGAAGACGAGUCCUGACUAACCUGUGUAUCCAAACCGAAGAUCUAAUAUGCUGCAAACCACUCGAGCUCUUGACCUGGUUAGCUUUUUAUAGAGAAUUGUCGAGGUUUUAUGGUUCCGUAUCUUUAAAAAUUCCUUGAAAUGAAGACCUUCAACGGAGUUUCAGUUAUAUUUCUAACACUUGGAUAAAAUCGUAGUAUCCGCUUUGUCUAAAAGCAAUUUUUUCAUACAGGGUACUCAGUACUUGGGCAAAAAGUUUCAAUGCUAAUUGAAAGAAAUUUUCGGCAA